AUGGCUGCCGGACCUGGUAACUUGGAAGUCACUGUUAACGGUGGCAGAGUUCCGACAGCGGCGGCCGCACAGGGCGCCCAUACAUAUGCUAUUAGUUUCACCCCACGUGACCCACGGCCUCAUACUGUCGAACUACGUUUCAACGGAGACCACGUACCGGGCAGUCCUUUCGUAUGUCACGUGUCGGCUCCAGCGCGGGUCAUAGGCGCUGGCUCAGGGGAAUCCCCUGACAAAGUUUCAGUUGGUGAUGCGUAUACAUUUAGCGUUGAUUCCCCUACAUCGCCCCAUGUUGAAGUUCUGGGACCAGCAAGAAGACCAGUACCGGUUCAGGUAUCUGCUGAAGAAACUAUAGGAGAAAAUGAAGCCAGCAAGCGGUACACUAUUUCAUUUGUACCAGUAGAUGUAGGAGACCACAGUAUAGAGGUUCGCGCAGGCGCAAUGGGUGGGCACGUGGAAGGCAGCCCGUUCUUAGUGAAGGCUUACAGCGCAUCACGUGUAGCCGUCACUGAUAUAUCACCAGGAGUCGUCGGCAGACCUGUCUCGUUUACUAUCAACGCUUCACACGCUGGUGCUGGAAACUUGGAAAUCAUCGUGGCGGUUAAUGGAAGAAAUGUGCCAAACUACGUGCAAAGCGAAGGAAAUGCUAGAUUCAAGGUAAACUUCAAGCCUGUGGAAGCAGCGCCUCAUACACUAUCUGUUCGAUUCAACGGCCACGCGGUUCCCGGGUCUCCCUUCACUUGUCCUGUGACGUCACCGGUGGCCGCCUCAGAAGCUCGGGCCACUGGCCCAGGCCUAACAUCCGCGCCUAGAGGAGAGGCCGCUGAAAUACAACUCACUGGAUUUCAUUCGGGCGAAGCAGCGGUAUACGUAACAGGUCCAGGUGGAACUAACGUUAGGGCUCGUGUGAAUCCGAUCGGUGAAGGCCACUAUACAGCUUUGUACACCCCUGAAGCUGUAGGGAGGCACAGUAUACAAAUAACAUGUGGUGGACGCCCCGUGCCCGGUUCACCUUUCACUUGCAACGUUUAUGACGUCAGACGAGUCAGGGUUACUGGCCUAGGACCCGGAGAAUUAGAAGGGACAUUGGAAGGUUUAAGUUUAGACGAGAGUGAUGAAGAACGUGGUGUUGAAGUCGGCAAGCCUGUAACGUUCAGUGUAGACGCUGCAGGAGCUGGAGAAGGUACUCUUGAGCUAGUAGUCUCCACACCAUCCACCACUGUUAAAGCUGAGGUGGUAGCAGUAGCACGUGGUCUAUAUGAUGUGACAUUCGUGCCAGUAUCACGCGAGGCUCAUCGCGUCUCCGUCACAUUUAACGAGCAACCAGUACCCGGCAGCCCUUUUGUAUGCAGAGUCAGUGAACCACACACUUAUGUGCAAAUUGGGGGCGUGGCCACAGUAGAAGUAGAUGAGAGCAUAACAGACGUAGAAGUGAUUUCACCAACCGGAACUCGUGUUUCCGACGCCAAUUUGGAAGACACUGGCUUGCUAACGUUCCCCGCUACCAGAGUUGGAAGAUAUGUAGUGAAGAGUUCACGGGGACCUGUAGCGGAGGUUGAAGCGUUAGACGCUUCCGCUGUUAAAGUAUUGUCUAUUGGAGACGCUGUCGCACAUAGACCUGCUAUACUUACUGUUAGCACAAGCGGUGCCGGCAACGGUCGCCUGUCCGGUCGCGUGACAUGCGGCGGUGCGGCAGUGCCGCAUUCUGUACGGCGGCGCGGCGGCGCGCGGCAGGAGCUAGUGUGGCACCCGGCACGUGCCGCGCCGCAUCGUCUCACGCUACUGUGGAGCGGCACGCCUGUCUCCAGGGAACCGAUGUUAUUAGACGCACAACCACCGCAACACGGACAAGAGGUGACCGCAUCAGGCCUUGGUCUAUAUCAGGCGCAAGUGGGUCGUGUUGCUUCAUUCAGUAUAGAUACAUUGGGACGACCGGCCAGGGAAUUCGACGUGGUAGUAUCAGGACCUGGCUCUAGGGCUUUACCCGUUAGAUGCUACCAAACUAAAUCAGGUCUUCUACAAGCCGAAUAUACCAUUACCGAAGUUGGACAGAGUACUAUAGAAGUAUUACAUCUAUCGAAGCCGGUUUCUGGAAGCCCAUAUACAUGUGAAUCCUUCGACCCCAACAGAGUCAUCUUAUCCGGUUUGCCAACGGGCAAUAUUAUUGCGCAGACGCCGAUUAACUUUACAGUGGAAACUAAAGAAGCAGGCGUUGGUGAAUUGGAAGUGGUGUGUGAAGCGAUGGGCGAGCGCUGCGUACGAUUGCCUGUUGAUAUAAGAGAAGACGGUACCACGUACAAAGUGCGGUUACGGCCAUCUGUUCCUGCCCAUUAUCGAAUUUAUAUCACCUAUGGAGGUGCAUCAGUAUCGGGCAGUCCCGUAUCUCUGGGCGUAUUAAACGUACACAGUAGUAUCGCCGCGAGAUGUGCCGGUACAGGUUUAGUACACGCUCACGUUGGUAAAGAGGCCGCGUUCACUAUACACUGCGUGGAAGACUCCGCGCCCACUGUACAGGUGGAAAGGUUAACCGACAGCAAAGAUGAGAACACAGACUCAGGAUUAUUAGAAUGCCGAGUAGUCGCCGGAGCACCAAGAGAAUGGCUUUGCGCCUACAUCCCGCUUGUGGUCGGAUUGUACGAAGUGCGGAUAUUCACCUCAUCAGGGCCAUUACCAGGAAGCCCGUUCUCUGUCAAGGUUAUAGACACUUCCGCUAUUCUGCCAGUGGGUGGUUGGGGUGCUGAUAACUCGGGCAGAGUUAGAGCACCCUCUAAACUAGUAUUAGACACAAGUAAUGCCGGACCAGGAACAUUGGAAUGUUUACUAGCAGGCAGACACCAGCGAGUUGAAACGGUAUCAGGACGCGCGGUAGUGACUCUAGCUGCAGCUGAAGGUGUCAGCGGUGAACAGGAGUUAGAGCUUAGUUAUAACGGGGCUUUGGUUGCCGGAGCCCCGAGGAGGGCGCUAGUGGCAUCGGGCAACACUGCCGAUAGAGUCACGCUCGCUGGACGAGGUCUAGCUCAUGCUGCUCCACAUACACCUGCAGUUUUCACAGUUGAUGGCAGCGCCGCCGGUCCAGGGAAUCCAGACGCUUCCCUUACCUCUCCGGAUGGAGAUAACAUCCCCGUGGCCCUCACAGCUGCCGGACCGGGGUUAUGGCGGGCUACAUACACACCAAGAAGAGCGGGAGAUCAUCAGCUCAGAGUCACAUGGGCAGGCAGACUUGUUAAAGGUUGCCCGUUAACUGUAAACGUGACAGCGGGCUCUGAAGCGGGCGACGCGUCUCGCGUAGUAUGUUCCGGAGCGGGUCUAGUGGGAGGCGUUGUGGGCAUGGAAAUACGUUCCUGGAUAGAUACACGACGAGCUGGACCCGGGGAACUAACCGCUCAUUGUACUGGACCUAAUAAGGUUGCUUACUGCGAGUUAUACGAGCACGGCGACGGCACGUUCACACUGAACGUGAAACCGGCAGAAGCGGGCCGACACGUGUUAAGCGUUCAGUUCGCCGGUGACCACGUGCCCGGCUCGCCCUUCGUACUCAAGGUAGCCGGAGCACCAGACCCAUCCAAAGUCCGCGUGUAUGGUCCAGGGGUUGAGCCUGGUGUCCUGGCUACGUUCCAGUCUCGUUUCUUCUGCGACACACGAGGCGCCGGCGCUGGACAACUGACCGUGCGCGUGCGUGGACCAAAGGGAGCAUUCCGAGUGGAGAUGCAACGAGAAAACCAGAAGGACCGCACUAUACUGUGCAAGUUCUCGCCUACUGAACCGGGUGACUAUAGGGUCGAAGUAAGGUGGGCCGGUCGCCACGUACCCGGAUCGCCGUUCCCGGUUAUGAUCUUCGACACGCAAGAAGAGUUACGUCGAUACCUCCAAGCGACCGCCGCCUGA